AUGACCAGCUUGCUUCAGCAACUUCCGGUGUGGGCUGGGGCGACCCUGGCCACUUGGGCCAUUUGUUGGUCAGUGGUGGCGCCGGAACCUUGCCAAGAUGUCCCAACAUGCUCCAAGCAACUUCAAACCUAUCCAGGAUACUACCACAUCGUUUCGACAGCUGCCUUGGUUGCUAUGGCUGCGCAUGAGAUUUGUGGCCUUAUCGCCACCUACAUGGGAUCGCAGCAGACACAAGCCUUGAUCCCGCACUUGAAGAGCAGGUGCUUGCCCAGCUUCCUCCUGGCCUUGAUGUUUGGUGUCCUGGCGACCGCCGAGCGCCUCUUCUCUCGCGCCGACUGGACCAUCGCCCACGUCCAGCCCAAUGCAGAUGGACUCACCGCCCCUGGCCGUCCCGUGUACACGAUGCAGGCGUACAUGGAGUGGGGCAUCAAUGUGCCCAUCCUGAUGAUCCUGUCCGGCUACUGCAGCCUGGGCCGUCCCUUGCAGGAAGUGUCUCGCCCCUUGAUCGUUACCAACGUCUAUGUCAUCUUUUGCUGGGCUGCGACAGCAACCACGUCUGGCUUGCUUAAAUGGAUGCUGAUUGGUGUUGCCUUCGCCAUGUAUGGAUGGGCCUCCCUGGAUAUGUUGGCAUGGGUCCAGCAAUUCGAGCGUUCAGCACCACAAGAUUUGCCCAGCAGAGGCAUUCGACCAUGGCUUUCCAAUGGGCUGAGCCUGUACCUUGUGCUGUACGGUGUGGUCUACAUGAGUUCCGUCAUGGGAUUCAUCGAUGCACAUACGGAACGCAAGGGAUUCUUCGUUUUGACCUUUGGAUCCAAGAUCGCCUACUGCGCGGCCUUCGUGUUUAUUCGUGCUGAUGAGUACCACAAGACCCUGACGGAUGUUCUGAGGAAGGUGAGCGUGUCCAACGUGGGUAUGAUCUCCAUCCUCCGUGGAAGCUUCGACAUCAUCCUCCCCUGCGUCUUGGAUGCUGCUGGCCGCUGCAAGUUGCCACCCCAGAUGUCAGGCGACAUGGAGAAACUUGAGAAGAUGUUGGGCUGCCGCGUGGCGGGAGCCAACCUGAGGGAUCUAUUGGCGGGUGAAGAAGACAAGUCCGACUUUGCUGCCUAUGUCCGCAACGUGGUUCGCCAAGCUGAUUGCCCACAGGGUAGCGAAGUGAGCCUGUCCACACAGGGCAUUUGGACCUGCUCGGGAGGAUCCAUGCCACCCAUUGCGCAGGUCUUGCACAGCAAGAUGCUCUCCAAGCCCACCUCCGCGCGGCUCUCCGCGACGCUGCAUCUGUCGGUGGUGCCUCGCUCGGCGGUGAGCCAGGGCAAAGAGCGUCACUUGGUGGCUGCCAUCCAAUUUGCCACCUCCAUGGAUGAAUCCAAGGAAGCUGACGCUGGAAUCGCCGGAUUCGAGAGCUUCAAGGUGGAGGACGUGCAGACCAGCACGGGUGGAUCGACGCAGCUCUCCGACGUCUCUGGCUCCGCGAUCGUGGCCAACCUGGCGGACCUGACGAAGCUGGGCGCCAGCGCCAUCCUGCAUGGAAGCUCUGUGCGGGAGAGCGAGGAAGCGAGCGCCUACUGGGGACCUUCCGUCAUCUCUGACGAGACGAUGUCACACCUGGGAGCCUUUGCGGCUGAGAAGACGCCCUUCCAAGCGCCCUUUGACGCUCGCAUCGCUGGAACCUGGGAGGGCACCACGAGCGAGAAGUUGGGCAGUUAUGACCAGCGGAUUGAGUUCCACAACGACUGCAUCCAUGUGUCCAUCACGCUCAUGGGGCAGAAGUUGGAAGGUCGCUUCCGCAUGAACUGUGCCGUGGAGCCUCACCAGUUGGAUAUUGAAGUCCUCGGAAGCCAGCCAGUGACGCUGCCAUACAUCUUCAAGUUCGAUGGACAAGGCCGUUUGCACCUCUGCGGCCCCUCCGACAAGCGCGCGGUCCGCCCGUCGCAGUUCGGGGGCUCGGGUCUGUGCAUCAUGGAGCGCGUCAGCAAGUCCGGAACCCGCCGCGGCUCCUCGCGUGCCGCCUCGAAGACGGGAAGCUUGUGCUUUGAGCCUGACCCGGAAUUUAGCCGCAACAGCACGGCCGAAAGCGAGAAGGAUCAAGUCAUGAAGGUGGCCUGCGAAGUGGGCAAGGCGACGUUGCUGGACCAACUGAUGGGGGUCCGAGAUCUUGAGCCCAGUGGUGGAGAAGGAUCAGCCAGCCAUGGCCGCAUCCAUGGCAUUGGCCCUGACCAGUACCAUCAUCGCCUUGCGCAAGUCCAUUUGAGCGACUCACGCGAAGAGGCUGAAGCCCAGCGACAGCUUUCGGAGCAGGAGAGGGAGGCCCCGUCGCAUCGCCUGCGCAUCACCCGCCUGCGCAUCGAGCCGGUGGAGUUGACGAAGUCCCACAUUUGUGGAGUUGGAAUGUGGGAAUUCCAGCAACCGUCAGUUCACAAUGAGCAGCUCAGCCGCUACUUGCUGGACCUGUCCUGGCAAAAGGACGCCCUCAAGGCCAUGAUUGAAGACCUGCAGAACCACGAGGCCUACACCAUUCUGGGUGUGGCACCGGAGAUUUCGGAUUCAGACCUCAAUAAGGCCUACAAGGCUGCCGCGAUGCGACUUCAUCCGGACAAGGGGGGCAACGCCGAGCAGUUCAAGGCCGCGCGUGCUGCCUACGAACGGAUCUUACAGACUAGGCAAGCUCAGAGCUCCAAGGAGGCUGAGACGGAGGCGCAGGAGGCCAAGGAGGACGCCAAGGAGGAAGUGGAGGUGAAGGCUCGGCUCCUUCGGCUCCUUCGGGUUCGGUCCUCGAGUCUGACGGGGGUGUUGAGCAUGUCCUUCUGCCUGAGCGGAGGACGGAAUGGAGGCGACAGCUGGGUGGAGAACCUGCAGGCGCCCUUGGAUGCGUUGAUCUCUCGCUUGCUGGAGUUGAAUCGAAAGCAGCAAGACGAACUCCAAGAAGUGGUGCAGCUGCAUCGCCAUGCGCUGGAGGCCUUAGAGAGGCCCGUCGUGGUGCACGACAGCUUGGGGAGCUACGAGUUCCCGCCCUCCGAGGGAGCGCGAGGGGAGUUGGAGGUGCGAGGAGACCUGGAGGACCUGCGGCCUCAAAAGCCGAAUCUGCCGGACGAAGAGGCUGAGACGUGCCGCUUCCAGCCGCUGUCGUCCACCUUCUGCACCAAGCAGCCCUCUGCGCCGGACGAUGACGAUGCGCUGUGCCGAAAGGCCGAAAGCUUUGAGCCGCUGGAGCAGCGCACGAAUAGCACCGCCAGAGAUCUCUCUGAGAGGCUGGAGGACAGUCGCUCGGAGCGAGUGUCCACGUGGACCACCUCGCGCACCCCGGGCGAGCUGGCGACGUCCUCCGCCGCAAAGGAUCUGAAGUUGGCACAGGAGCGGCGCAAUGGCUUUGAUACGGCCAUCGGAAUUCUGGUGCUCUUGAAUGCCUUUGUGAUGGUUCUAGACUUGGAAUGCCAAGGGAAUCAAGCAGGACUGGAUGCUGGCAUCAUUGGCCUGAACGUGUGGAGUGGCUUUGAACCUGCCAUCAAUGUGAUGGAACACUGCUUCGCCGUCGCCUUUUUGUUGGAGCUGUGCUAUCGCGUCUACAGCGAGAGGUGCAAGUACUUCAAAGAGGGCAUGAACAUCUUCGACACCGUCUUGGUGGCAGUGGCGUGUAUCGAUCUCUACAUCCUCACGCCCCUGUUGGCCACCUCCUCCUUCAACAACACCUCCACCCUACGGCUGCUGCGCACGGUGAAGCUAGUCCGCGCGGUCCGCAUCGUGCGAGCGCUUCGGUUAUUUCGAGGACUUCGGCUGUUGAUCAAAGCGUGCAGCUCCUUUUUGCCGUCGCUCUGUUGGUCGAUGGCCCUGCUGGGGCUCUUCAUGAUGAUGGGCGCUCUUUUCAUGGGCAACCUGCUCCAGGACUAUAUACUGGAUGAAUCUCUGGAUCGGGACAGAAGAACUUGGGUGUGGAUGCACUAUGGAACAGCCUACAGGGCCAUCUACACCAUGUUCGAGAUGACGUUUGACGCUGGGUGUUGCACUGACCAGUUGUUGGUUUGGUGUGGUUCAUUUGGCAUAUACAUGUACAGUAAUUAUCUGUAA